AUGGACGUACCGCUAAACCUAGUGAGCGAAACCAAAUGCCUAGUAAACGAACUAGUGAAAGAUCUAGCAAGAACAGAGGACAAAGGGUGGCUGGACACACCCAACCAGUCAAUACUCCGAGCCAUAGUAAACACGCUGCGCCAAAGGUGCGCCCCGACGACCUUCCGCCAAGUGAACCCUAGGGAAGACCGGCAGCCCAGAAAUACCGCCCUAAAGGAAGCGACGAAGGCACAGAACGAGGGAAGGUCACCAACCCAAGUGGACACGAGCCUGGAAGCGACAUUUAAUAUGUCAGGGGCACGCCUGAACGCCCUAACGCAGCGGGUAGCGUAUCGGAGCAUCCGGACGAGAAAGAAUAUAGAAGACAGACGGGCCACGCUCCGGAACAUAACCCGAGCCACGGAACACAUCGCCGGCCACACGAAAAUACGCCCCAAAGCAGAAGAGAUAUGGAAAUCCCUCAGACACAAGGACAUCCGGAGAACGAUCAGCGACUUCCUAUGGAAGACGGCACAUAACGCACACAAGUGCGGUGAGUUCUGGGAGGCGAUCCCGAACUACGAAGACAGAGGAACAUGCAAACACUGUGACACAACAGACAGCAUGGAGCACAUACUCACCGACUGCGUUGCCCCAGGACAGGAGACAGUAUGGAGGCUAGCCAGCGACCUAUGGAGAAAGAAGAAGCUCCAAUGGACUAAACCAAGAAUCGACGAGAUACUCACAGUAGGUAUGCGCCGGUGGAAGAACCCUUCAGGAAAGAAGGCAAGGCGGCCAUGCGCAGAGAGACUAUGGCGUAUACUAAUAUCGGAAUCCGCCUUUCUAAUCUGGAAACUAAGGUGUGAGCGAGUAAUAGGACAUGCAGACGAAGAAGGCUGGUGCCACACGGAGGCGGCCAUAAAAGCUAGAUGGGUUCGGGUGGUUAACGAACGAUUACAUCUGGAUAUGGCCAUGACACACAGAAGAUACGGCAGGAAAGCACUGAACAGAAACCAAGUCCUCGGCACCUGGAUUAACACCCUGCACGAUGAACUAGCACUGCCAGACGACUGGACAAUGCAGAACUGGGUUUUAGUGGGUAUUGAACCCGCGCCUGACUGA